CUCCGCCCCGAUCACAUUCGGACCGUGCGGUUGACAAGGGGAGACAUUGGACCAUCCCUCGCUGGCUCGGGGCCUGAAACGAAAUGAAAUGGCCAUCAACCGUGUUCCGAUCAAUUACCAAACGCCGGCGUUCCCGUCGCUCUACGAUCCCUUUCCGCGACCCAACGCCCAGGCUUUCUACCUCUACUACACUCAAGAUAUCUGGCGCUUCACCCUCUACUGGACACUGAUCUUCUACUCGGCGAGCCACCUUGCGGUUGCGGCUUUUGCCCUGCUUAUGCAGGGUCGCACUUGGAGGAUAUGUGUUGCUGUUCCGCUCGUCUAUAUCGUUAUUGCGGGUUUGGAGGCGCUCUUGGCUGGGAGUAUUAUCGGUCUUGUUCUCGGUGCAGUCUACGAAGCCGGUAACUUUCGAAUGUCGACCUGGAUCCCGAUCGUAUGGGGCGGCAUCAACGUGCUCGUCCUAAUACUUUCCAGCUUCCCUAUGCAAGGUGGACUGUGA